UUUCGAUAAACCAGCUUUUCAAAUUCUGAAACGUCCUCAAGGCUGUGAAAUGCAGUCAUCAUCUUCGCACGAUAUGGCAAAGCUCGAGGAAAAAACGAGAACGAUGACCCUUCAGGAAAGGGAAGCAGCAUAUUUGCAAGCGCGAGAAAGGAUAUUUGGAGGCGUUUGUAGGUUCGAUGAGGAUCGAGAUUUAGCUUUUGAUCAAAUGGUUCGCAGUGCAGCUAGUUGCGUUCCAGCAGGUGUGCCACUGCCCUGUCCAUCAUAUCAUGCAUCAAAUCCGCGACCUAGACUACCAACCGUGAUAAGGACACCAAGGCCUCCGUUGUAUCAACAGCCAUUUCCAUUAGGUGUCACAUUUCCAGGCAUACCACCGUUUAGGAUACCACCACCUCCACCAGGUACCACCUAUACACCGUCAUUACCUCCUGUUUCACAACAAAGGUUUCCAAUAACUGGAAUGCACCAUGCACCGAAUACUCAGCUACAGCGUCUUCCAUAUUUCGAUUCUAGAAUACCGCCUCCUGCAGCACCACCACCACCACCACCACCUUAUAUGGGACAGAAUCUGGCACAAAAUCUAAUUGGAAUGAAUCCAGCAUUCAGCGAUCCUACAAGAAAUAAUCCUGUACCCUAUGGACGCCCUCCUACUCAACUCUUAUCACAGAAUCAGUUCACACUUUCGUUCAGCGAUCAGUCAAAUCGAUUUUACUGA